AUGGCCGCAGUGAGAUUGCGAAAGGCUUUUCGAUACCCUGAGGAGUCGGAGAGCGAGCGAGAGGAGUUGGAUGAAGAAGAACAAGAACGGGUCAUCGAGCAGUUGCAGAUCCAGAAUGAUGCCCGCAAUGCCCAGUACAGUAUGAUUUUUACUGCACUUCCACUGCUGGCUGCCACACCUUGUCUCGUUGUUGACGACGGCCUAUAUCAUGAAAUGCUCCCCCUCCAGCCUGAUCGCAAAGGCAAAAAGCCUGUGACAUUCCACACCGAACGUAUUGCUCGGAUUCAUGCCGCUCUAGUACCUGGCACCAGUGCCGUUUGCUUGUUGCUGGGCCUGGUCUAUCUUUCUACAGGAUCAUCUUAUGGGAUCCGGCCAGUGCUAUACUUGAUUCCUGGAAUCAUGCUGGCAGUGAUUCUACUUGCUCAAAAGGUCAUGCUCUCUGUUGACCUUGCAUCCCUCAAGGAUCUACAGUAUGAGUACAAAGGUGCCUAA